AUGGGCUCGAAUCUUGGCAACGGCAUGAACGGAAUGGAUCUGAGCGGCGCAAUGCAGGGCAAUGGCUCUAACCAGCCCCAAGCCACUGAAUAUACGCUCCAGGGCGUGAUGCGUUUUCUGCAGACGGAGUGGCACCGACAUGAACGCGACCGAAAUGCCUGGGAGAUUGAGAAGCAGGAGAUGAAGGGGAGGAUAGCCAACCUCGAGGGCCAAGCGAGGAGAGCAGACGCCACGCAAAAGGCGCUGAAGAAAUACGUGUCCAUCCUUGAGCGCAAGAUCAAGGACCAGGCCGCGCAGCUCAAGGGCACCGCUGUUGCAGAAGCCGACGACUCGGCAAAUAAUGAUCGCGCUGCCAAGAUCCAAGAGAAGUUGCGAUCCUCAUCGGAGAGCCAACCCGUCCCAGGCGUCGAAGGCGUCGAAGUCGAGCGAACCGACGACGAGUCGCAACGAACGGAGCUCAAGACGUUCCUGGAUCAGUGCCAGUCCGAAUUUAUGUAUCUUAUGAUUACCCCGGCGAAUCCUCUACCGCCGCGCGAGUCCCCCCCGCUGCCGAUUCUGGAAGAUUUACGAGAGGCCGAGGCGUUUGGUAUGCCCGGCGCGCAGCUCAUGGAGCGGCAAUACCAGCUUCCUAUGCGACAGGGCCCAAACCACAUGCAAGACAUGAACUCAAGACAGCACCAAGGCCCAAACUCUCUACCGCCGAUGCAGCAGCCCCCCUCCAAGUUUGCCCCAAACGCUCCUGAAAUGCAGCCUCAAAUGGUGCGCUCCGUGAAUGAGCAUCAGCAGCAGUCUCUUUUUCAUAACUCUAACGAGUGGCAGCAGCAGCAGCAGCAGCAGCAGCAGCCCAUAUCAGUAACAACGCGCCCCGUGGAAGACGGUAUGCCGCGGUCCAACCACUCAAACGAAACGCUGGGCGGGAUAGGGGAGUCUGUCGAGCUGAGAGAAAAGCCGCCUGCUGCUCCAGACCCUGAAGGCUGGGAGUUUCCUGAUGGCUCAUUCCCAGAACCUGCGGCUGGCCACCCGCCAUCGCAAACUUCCUCUUACCGAUCCGAUACCGACGCUUUCCCAAACGCAGACUACUUGUCAAAGUCCCCAAGCCGGGUUCCGGGCACCCACCGAAGAAAGAGUUCCAUGUCCAAGAGGCGCGGCAGUGACCAUGAUGUAGGCGCAAGCCAAAAGGCCGAGAGCGCAAGCUUCAAGCUACGAUUUGGGCUAAGAGGUCACCUCAAUACUGUUCGGACUGUCAUCUUCUCUGGCGGCGGCAGCCCUGGCGAGCCUGAGAUAUGCACGGCGGGCGACGACGGCAUGAUCAAGAGGUUCCAUAUCCCGCGAUUAGAUGGUAACGCAGCGGCCUCGAACAAUGCGGCUUCGGAUCUAGACGUAACAGCAAACUUUACGCACCGCGGCCACAAUGGAGCUGUUUUGUCGCUCGCGUCAUGGUCUCCCGCCCCCAAUUUCUCUACUGGAGGUCGUGCCCAGGGUGAUGGCUGGAUCUUUUCCGGAGGCCAAGAUGCUACGAUUCGAGUCUGGGAACGCGGUAGGGUCGAUCCCAAGGCAACGCUGGAGGGACAUACAGAUGCCGUGUGGGCGAUUUGUGUUCUGCCCACGACACUGGGCUCAGUUUUUGGCAGCUCCAGCAACUACGGAUCCCCUGACCGCAUACUGCUCGUCUCUGGCGCGGCGGAUGGAACUGUGCGGCUCUGGUCGGUCAGCGCACCUCCUCAGCUAAGCUCACCGCAGCCUGGAUCAACUCGAGCUGCGUCAGGACGCGGAGGACGCGUUCGCGGCAAUUCGAUGAGCUCUGGCAGCGGUUUCUCCAACUCUCCCCAGCCUACCGUGGCUUCCAACUCCCCAUUCAACCACACUCUCGUACACGUCUUAUCCAGGCAAGAUGGAUCCAAGGCAAGCCCAACCUGCAUCACACCGCUCGGAAGCUCGGGUGAAACGUUUGUCGUCUCGUAUUCGGAUGCCGCUGUUCUGGUAUACGAUACAAAGACGGGCGAACAGGUUGGCUACAUGGAUAGCUUGGAGACGUAUGACGGCUCGAUAAAGACGAGCGUCAAUGCGGUAGUGGCCACUACGAUCGGGCUAGACCAAGGCAACCAGCAUCACGGAACCAAUAUCGGUGGAGAGGAGGAUCCUGCUAUGGGAGGACCAACAGGUGGACGGUCCAUGGCUGGCUCUGGCGUAGAAGGUACCAUCAUCUCUGGCCACGAGGAUCGCUUCGUACGAUUCUUUGAUGCCAAUAGCGGCCAAUGUACAUACAACAUGCUGGCUCACCCUGAUGCCAUUUCCAGCCUAUCGCUCAGCCCAGACGGGCGCGAGCUGGUGAGUGCCGGUCACGACGCCUCGCUCCGGUUCUGGAGUCUGGAGAAGAGGUCAUGUAUUCAAGAAAUCACAAGUCAUCGGGUAAUGCGGGGAGAGGGCAUCUGCACGUGUGUAUGGAGUCAGGACGGCAAGUGGGUGGUUAGCGGAGGAGGCGACGGCAUUGUCAAGGUGUUUGCACGAUAG